CGCCGCCACGCUGGAGGCGGCGGGACGGCGCGACGAGCCGGGGGCAGCCUGCGAGCCGGGCCCGGUGCAGCGGGGCGAGUCGAGAACGCCUAGUCGGGUCGCCUGCGAGCCCAGGCAGCAGGAGUGGCGGCCCCGUUCUCGGCUGCCCACCUACUUGUUGCAGAUGGAGGCCAGCCUGACGUGCGCCGUGUGCCUGUCUCUCUUCGAGGAGCCGGUGACGCUGCCCCUUUGCUCGCACAACUUCUGCCGGGACUGCGUGCUGGAGUGCCUGGCUUCGGCCGAGGCCGCCCGCCUGCAGCAGCAGCGGGGUCAGGGGCAGUCCCGCCACUCCCGGGUGGGUUCGGGCGCUGGCAACGACGUGGCCGGCGCCCGGGUGUCGUGCCCGCUGUGCAGGAAGCUCUGCCCGCUGCCCCGGGGCGGUGCCGCCGCGCUGCCUGUCAACACCACCCUGGCGGAGUUGGUCAGGCUCUACCGAUCCGGCACGGCCGGGACCGCCAAGGCCGAAGAGGCAGAGCAGGGGCCGGGGUUUCCACUCUCCCUGCAGGCUCUCGGGGGAACCUGCCAGAAACAUCCGGGACGGCUGGUGCAGCUCUACUGCCGGAUGUGCCGGCAGGCGGGAUGUGGGCUGUGCGUCUCUAAGGAGCACCAAGGCAUCUUCCACUCCGUCAACCUCAUAGACGCUGUGUACCAGGAAGAGAAAUUAAUCUUCUUCAGCAGUCUGAAAAAAAUGAGAACAAUAAAUGAGAAGCUGACGAAUGAAAUCUCAAAUCAACUGAAUGAUAUGGAUAUGGUGCUGAACAAGGACGCUGACAUGAUUGCACUGGAAUUCGGAGAAAUCUUCAAGACUCUGGAAAUGAAGAAACAGCAAUUGCUAGAAGAUGUUGAAAAUCAAAGAAGUAAAAAAGAAAAGGAAUUUGCGAUUUGGAAGAAAAUGAAGGAAACUCACAAGAAGACCAUAGAAAAUUUUCUGAAAGAUUGUGAGGAGCUUGUCCAUGAGUGUGAUCCUCAGCGUUUCCUAGAGGUGGCCUGUGGCUUGAAUGCAAGAAUGAAAACUCAGCUUGACCUGAUGAACAUAGCAUCCAGCUACGAAAAAACACCAGAGUGUACUCAAAAGAAGAUGGAUAUCAAACCUGUGGUUAAUAAAAUCUUGGCUUUGAAGUUAAUGCCUGUUAAUGAAGGCACUGAUAAAGAUCUACCUUCUGGGGGAAAUGAGGACUCGACAAAAAAGACUCUAUUUAAAAAUAACAUAAAGCAAUGGCAGGACCAGAAGAACACACCCAACAUGUUUCUUCCUCUAGCAGGACAGGAGGAAGCACUGGCAGAUGGCAGCAGGAUUUGUACUCGCCUAAUGUCGAUAUCGGAAAUGUCCACGUCUCAAAACAUGAGUCAUGAGGAGUUACGUUACAAAUUCUAUACGGAACAUCAGAAGCUCACCAGUGAGGUCAAGACACAAACUCUAUCUGGAAAUAAAAAGUAUAAAUUUGGAGGUGCUGGGGCUUUGAAGGCUAGAUCCUCAGGAACUCCUUUUGCAUCUUCACCUCCCAAGGCAAAUAGUCCAGAUAAAGUGAAAAUUGGAAUCCUGCAAAGAGCAGAUGGCUUUGAGAAAAGCUUUUCUGGAGCCAGUCAUCACAACAUCCCAUCCACAAAUAUGAACUCUUCUGAAACAAAUGGUGACUUAAAAUCAUUUCUUGAGAGAAUUUCCCAGGAAGCAGCCACUCCAGCCGUAGAAAGCUCUGAAGACUUAGGACCUAAAGAAAAAUUGCCAAUGCAGGAAUCAGCAGUUACUGUUUCCAAUGAUAUAGACACAAAUUCUAGCACUUCAUUUGGCUUAAACCCAGCAGCCUCAGCAGCUGGUACUGUUUCAAAGUCAGAAUGUCUAGAUGUUUCUGCAGAGGGACCUUCACCUUUUACUUUUGGUGCUUGUAACAACUUGGUACCCACAUUUACUAAAGAUGCAGGUACAUUUUCCUUUAAAAUCAAAGACACAAAAUUCGUUUUCCCUCAGUUUUACCCUGGAAAAUGUGAUCAUGCCGAUAAAACCAACAACCAGGAUGAAAGCAAAUUUGGAAAACAUGGUCCUCUCGCCAGACCCACAGUUUCUGAUGCUUCAUCCAGUCCUGAUUUAGACUCAGUAGAAAGCAAGAAGCCAGGCUUUUCAUCUCCCUUUGGCAAUUCAGUAAAAGGUGGUUCUGCAGGAUCAGGAGUCAGCAAUUCAUUUAAGGUUUUACCACAAUCCCCAUUUUUUAGCCAAUCUGAGAAGCCAUCUGACAAAAAAACAUCAUCUCACGUGAGAGAAAUAACACUUUCUGCAAAGGAAACUGCAGGAUAUGGAACACAGAAACCAUGUGUCUCAGGGGAACAAAAAGCCAACACCUCAGAAUCUGCCACAGCUGUAGCUUGUAAUACUUCAGAGACCAAGACUGCAGCUGGGGUGAAUGCCACCAAGUCUCCCGUCCUCCCUGCUAAUUUUGUAUUUUCGUUCAAAAAUACCUGUUUCUCAUUGCCCUCACCAGUGUUUUCAUUUGGAAAUACUGCCAGAAAUACCUCUGGUUCACUGACUUCCUGCAUGGUUCUGCCUGGAAAUGGUACUGAAGAAGAGCAGAUGAACUCUGACGAAACACCUCUGAAUAUAGGGAAGCCUGUAUCUCCAGAGAAUGUGGAGCCUGCUUCUAGACAGAGUCAAUCAAAUUGUGAAGGUUCACUCUUUCCUAUGAACUCAUCUAAGAAAACUGAAAGUGCAGGGACACUUCCUGAUGGUAGUAAUUCUUGUAGUCAGCCUUUGUCUUCAGCCAUCCUUCCUGUUAAAUAUGAGAAUGCAUCUUCCACUCAACUUCCUACAGCAACAAAACCAGAAACAAAAGUAAAAGAGGAAGAAGGUGAAACUGUUGCUGAAAACAACUGUUCCUGUCCUAGAAGGGAAGAUGAGCCUGAGUCUGUACCAUGUCAGAAUGCAUCUUGUUCUGGUCUUGGCGCAUGCAAUGAUCCAUCUUCAGGAGUUUCUGUGUUCAUGGUAAAAAAGAUAGGAGGACUGCCAAGUGACAGCGAUUCCGACACGGAACAGCUAAGUCAAACAUCUGUCUCUACUGCUAGCAGCAGUGAAUCAGAACAUUUUUCUGUUUCUGAAAACAAAAUAUCUGGUAGAAUAAAAUCUGAGAAAUGACAAGAGAGUGAAAUGGAAGGUAGCUGUACUAAAAUAGGCUGAAAUUAAAUAAAUGUUCCUGAACACAUUAAGAA